GACACAUAAACAUAUCUGGUUUUCUUUAUAGUGAGUUGAUCCACGUAAUGUGAAAUGUUCUAUACCUUGCUUGGUUACUAAAGCUCAGAACUCUAUCCUAAAUAUCCUACUUCACAGCUGUUCAACAUCUCAUUUCCAAAAAUGGAUUUUUAGCACCACUGUGUGCAAAUGGCCAGCCCUCACUGUCCCCACCAGUGAGCACUUGGAUUGGGUUUAGCCUGCUUUCUAAUGGGCAUGGCUUGUGCACCAGUAAUACCCAGAAUUUGGUACCAGAAACAUUGGGUAAGACUUGAAGUUAAUUUUGGCAAGAGAAAAUGGAAUAUUGUCCUUAAGCAUGGUUUUAAACUGUUUUAAUUUUCCUUCAGUAUUGCGAGACGACUUCCGGCAGAACCCCACAGAUGUGGUAGUCGCAGCAGGAGAGCCUGCAAUCUUGGAGUGCCAGCCACCACGGGGACACCCAGAACCAACCAUCUACUGGAAAAAGGACAAAGUCCGAAUUGAUGACAAGGAAGAGAGAAUAAGUAUCCGUGGUGGGAAGCUGAUGAUCUCCAAUACUAGGAAAAGCGAUGCUGGCAUGUAUACCUGUGUGGGAACCAACAUGGUGGGAGAAAGGGACAGCGACCCUGCAGAGCUCACUGUCUUUGAACGACCCACGUUUCUCAGGAGGCCAAUCAACCAGGUGGUGCUGGAGGACGAGCCUGCAGAAUUCCGUUGUCAGGUCCAAGGAGAUCCCCAGCCAACGGUGAGGUGGAAAAAGGAUGACGCAGACUUGCCAAGAGGACGGUAA